AUGGUGACACAAGUAAAUCCCAAAGAGGACGAGAAGAAAUCGGCGGAUAUGGAUCAUAUGAUUAAGAUGCAACAUAGUAUGCCUCCUCAACGGCCGCCAUCGUCCACAUCUCCCAUUCCCCCCGGCCGAUUAGCUCCAAUCAUGACAAAUUCCACUCCACAACGGCCUCCUUCCGUAGCUUCUGUGCAUUCAGUGGCUUCAGGAAGUGGACCUCCACGAACGACAGCCACCAGUCGAAGAGGCGGAAGGACUAGAUGUAGAUCACCGCCUACAAUGGGAAGCCGGCCUGGAUCAAGAGGACCAAUGCAAGAGUAUCCUCCCACGGUGGAUGAUAGAAGUGCUCCACCACCCUCGCCUGCGAAUCCUUCUGCUGCGGCAGCGGCAGCUGCAGCAGCUGCAAAAUCACUUUCCAACGGACGAACUCAGCCUCCACCCAGUUCUUGGCAAUAUGAAGCACCGGAAGGAGGAGCGCCCAGAGAUUAUGGAAGACGACCACUACCACCACGAGAAUCUGUUCGCUAUCAUACACCUCCUCCGCAUCACAUGCCGCCGGGAACUUCGUCGCUUUAUCCACCACACAGAUCCGCCUACAGAGAUCCAAGAGCUGGAGGCUGGCCGCCAGAAGAAGAUGGACGUCCACCAUCUAGAGCCAGCGUUAGCUCUAGAUAUGGACACCCAUCAGGGCAUCCUUCCAUGCCACUACAGCCUAUGCCAACAAGACGGGAAGACCAAUAUGGAUACCGGGGUGGUGCUGAUCCAAGUUAUGUCUAUCGUGGAGCUCGGGGAAGAGGAGAUCCAUAUGGCCGUCCACCAUACACAGAACAAGAUUACGAUCGGCGCUAUGGCGGGGAUCCCAACAUGUCACGACAUGUCUACGAUGAACGCAUGGGUCGUGGCCGGGGACUAGAACAAGGACCACCACCAGGGUACGGUGCUGAUCCCUUUCGGAGAGGGGCGGGAGGAGGAGAUCGUCCUCCAUAUAUGAGAGAUAUGCGAGACGAGGGCUACCGCGGAAUGCUACAAGAUGUAGCAAGGGGCGGUGAAAGUGUUUCGACUCCGGGGAAACGAACUACUCGGGUAAUUGGGACUGCUACUCCUAUACAUGUACCAAGAGCAUCAGAACAAGCUCCUCUCAGCCGAGCGGCUGCUGCUUCAGUCUUCCGUGGUCGCCCAGGCGUUGCUCAAAGCAAUCCCGAAGAAAGCAAUCCACAGAAAGUGCUCAUGUCUAUCCAAACGCCAACCACCUCGUUUGAGGAAAAGGCAUCUGCACCAUCAGCGAACAACCGAUCCAAGGACAAGCAAGGAAGUUCGGAAUUGAGUCCGCAUGAGCCUCCUCGAAUCCAACAUUCGCAUCAUCCAAGCGGCGCCGACUCGAGUCUAUUUUUUGAACCGACACGAAGUCCCAAGAGCAACCCGCAAGGAACACCUCAACCUACAAACUCCCUUGACAUGGCGCCAUCGUUUUCACUCUUCAACCAAUCGUUUGAUAGCCUUGGCGAUGGCACCGGAUUUUUCAAUGUGGGCGGUCCACUGGAUUCUGCCCUACAAUCCUCUUCCUUUGGUGGAGGCCUUGGGUCCGACGACAACGAAAAGGGUCCAGAUCUGCAACUGUCAUCUUCGGGAGGCAAUUCGAUUACUCAACAGCUCUUGGGAGGAUCUAGUUCGGGUGUUCUCAAUGGUACCUUUGGCAUGAGCCCCAGUAAUUCUUUUGGCAAUGGCCCACCGUCCCGAGGUGGCAACAUGAUGCUUCUCGGAGGCGAGCAAACUGGAUCUUCCAGUCCAUCCCAAGUGCUCAACAUGUACCAAUCUUAUUCCGGAGGAGGAUCGCCAAAGACCAAACAACGACCACUUGAAGACCGCAGCAUGCACGGAGGACCACACAUUCCGAAUCCACCAAUGAACCAUUCAAGUGGGGGAAUCAUGGAGAAUCCAGACGGAAGCCCACUGUUCUAUGCUUUCUUGAAGCGAAACAAAGAUGCCUUCAAAGAGUGCUCCUUUUUGUUGCCUGGACUUAAAGCAGCACUAUUGGAGACGCCUGGAGAUAUGAAGAAGGACCCUGAUGAUACACCCAAACGCCAAUCUCGUUCACCAUUUGGAGAUCCAUCACCACAUGAUGCUGCAAUCGCAUCGAGACGUGUGGCUUCCGCUGUCUGUGCCUUUGGAGGAACGUUUAUUGGAGAUCGAGCACUACAGAAAUCAGCUCCAAUGACGACCCAGUCUAUCUUCCGUGAAAAGACGACGGAAACAGCUACUGUCACCCCAUCGUCAUCCACGACCUCGCCUGCCAAUGGGUACAAUUCUCGCCCCAAGUCCAAGUAUGAUGAAGCUUUGCCUGGAAGAUACUACGAGAAUGACAACCGCUUGUCGUGGGAGUUUGAAGAGGAUCCACCGAUUGAGGCAGCGACAUCCAUGAAGGACGACGAGGAUGAUGAAUUGGCCAUGAGGAAUGAAUCGGAGGGUGGCAAUGGUGAAAUUAUGAUGGACAGCGAAGGAAAUCCAAUCAAGCAGGACCACGGUGAUUCAGAAGAUCCAAACGAUGAAUCAGACGAGAAGGGAGAAGAAAACGAUGGCUCGCAAUCAGAUCAACCGAAAAUGCGUUACCGAUGCAAACUGUGUGGGCAGCCAAAGCAGAACCACACUUGUCCUUACCAACAGUCACUCGCUAGAAGCAUUGGUAUCCAGGUGUACCCUGCGGUCAAUGCAUUCACGUCGACGGAACCUGGUGUUAUAGCACCUGCCUUGUCCGAAAUGAACAAUUUCAUUGGUUCGGGAGAAUCUAUUUCGUCUACCGAAAAUUCUCCCAACCGGCCCACCCCCGACCGUAUGCGUCAUCCCCCCGCUGUCGGUCCAAGCUCGGCCCAAGUGACACCCGAGUCAUUGCACAAUGGCAGUAGAGGACUUCAUUCUCCAAUCACUUCAAUCACAACGAGCACACCGCAGAGAACUCGAACUCCUGGUUCUAUUGCCAGACGAGGUACUAGAUCAACCCAACGAUACAUGGCUGGCACUGCACCAGGAUCGGCAAUGAAGAAGCGCUCACACUCUCAGAUGAAUGGGGAGGAACAAGGCGAUCUUCUCUUUGUCGAAUCUGCGGAUCUCAAGCCCGAACAAUUCCGAAUAAUCGCAGCUUCUAAGAAGCUUUCCCGAACAGAAGCAUUUACAUAUCCGGCUCUUCCUCUUCCAUACGCACAGCGCAAACGACUCAGUGAUAACUUGUUUUCACUUUCGAAGGAAGUUCCUCAACUCACUGACGAAUGUGCCGCAGUAUUGCGUGAAGCAAGAGAAAGGGACAUGUGGGAUUUGGCAGUGGCUGAACUAAUGACACAGGUUGUCAUUGUGGCCAACUGUUCGGAUGGGGACAACCGAUUCGAGGGUCUACGACGCUAUCUCUUGACCCUCGGUAUUUCGUGUUAG